GGUUGCACAAGGUUAAACAGGGAAGUCCACAGCAGUGAUCUGAAGACUAACGCUUCAAGAUUGGUUGAUGGUGACCAUGGGUCUGCCGGUCAGAACAUCUAUCAGCUUCUUGCUGAUGGUCUUCCUCAUCCAAAGUUGGACUCUGGCCUUUAAAUUUUUCUCAUUUAGGUCCGUGACCCACGAAGCCAUAACACGUGUUGCAAUUUUAGAGACAACAUUCGAUCUCUGUAAAUCACAAGCUCUCCGUAAGGGAAGGAAUUUUGAGACGCCAAACAUACUGACAGAAGAGUCACUGGCAGCAGUUUGCUCCUCAGCUGCUUCAGCCAAAGCUUUCAAAAGGAGCAUUGAGAAAAUCAAUGGAAGAAAUGCCUGGGUGGACGUACACCAUGUCUCGAAUCCUAAAUACCACUUUGAUGAUGAGAGCUUUUUGCGUGGACGGGAUCUGAUCACCUCAGGAGUGAGAAUUGUUAAGGCUAGUGUCAAGCAGCAGAGCUAUGAAGCUGCCAGAGCAAAGCUCGGUGAAGUCCUGCACACUUUACAGGAUUUCUACAGUCAUAGUAACUGGAUAGAACUGGGAAACAGAAGACCUUUUUCCAACCUGAUCAAUCCAAGCAGCCCAAUUGACAACAUUGCUGAUUCAGCAACAUGCAGGAGUUGUACUGGAAAAAACUGCACAGGAAACAUUUUGGACGAGAUCCUCAAAAAGCAGAAACUGACCUCAGGAUACUUUGACAUGUUCAACUCCAGUAAACCAGCAGGAAAGUGCAGCCAUGGAGGAUCUUUUGAUUUGACAAGUCUUAGAGAGCCAAAAGGCGGCAUAAGUAAGGAUACUGUAGACUCAGAGCAUGGCUUUCUACAUACAAAGGCAGUGGAGGUAGCCAUUGCUGCUACCAGAGAGCUACUGGAGGACAUCAGCACAGCAGUGGGGGAGUCUGAGUUUCUUAGAUUGAUGGGACUGACCCAGACUUCAGUGCUGUGUUUCGUUAUUGACACGACGGGCAGCAUGUCUGAUGACAUUGCUGAGGUCAGGAGAGUUACUUCAUCCAUCAUCGACAGUAAGGCAGGCAAAGCAAAUCAACCCUCAGAAUACAUCCUGGUACCUUUUAAUGACCCAGACUUUGGCCCACUGACAAGAACAACUGACCCAGAUGUGUUUAAAAGCAAAAUCAAUGCACUCACAGCCGAGGGUGGAGGAGACAGACCUGAAAUGUGCCUCUCUGGCCUCCAGCUGGCCCUCACUGGCUCACCACCACAGACUGAGAUUUUUGUUUUCACGGACGCUGAUGCGAAAGACACAUGGUUGAAGAGCACUGUGCUGGCUUUGAUUGAGAGAACAAAAUCAGUAGUGACCUUCAUGCUGACCAAUGCUCUGAGUGCUCGGCGCCGCCGGAGCAAUGAUGGGCAACGAGAUGGCCAACAGCAAUUCGCCAGCCGACUCUCCAACCCAUUGAAUGAGGUCUACCAGGAUUUGGCUCAGGCCUCUGGGGGUCAGGCCAUUGAGGUCACUAAAGCAACACUGCCACAGGCCACCAGCAUCAUAGUGGACACCUCCAGCUCUUCUCUGGUCACUGUUUUCCAGGCUGUAAGAAACCCAGCAAAAGCAGAAACCUUCUCAUUCUUUGUGGACUCCACUUUGCAAAACCUGACCAUUUACAUCACGGGCAACUCUCCAUAUUACACCAUCACUAGUCCUUCAGGAGUCUCGCAGACCAGUGACAAAUCAAGUGGGGCUUUGGGGCUGAUUGAGAUGGUUGGUAACUUCUACACGGUGCGUUUAACUAUCUCUGACCAGGCAGGACUGUGGCUCAUCAGCAUUAACUCAACACAGCCCUACACCGUCAAAGUACUUGGUCAAAGUGCGGUUGACUUUCUGUUCGACUUCGUAGAACUUUCUGAUGGGCCUCAUCCGAGCUAUGCUGUGUUGAACAGCAGGCCCGCAGCUAAUAGCAAUAUCACUCUGCUGGUCUCCAUGGUGGGUGGGGACAGUGUGAGGCCUACAGAGGUAGCUCUAGUUGAGGCAUCAAGUUCCAACUCCUAUAAUGGGACUCUGAAAGAGGUUGCUCUUGGCCUGUUCAUGGCAACCAUCAACAGCAUCCCAGCAGGAGAGUUUGUUGUCCGGGUAGCUGGAAAGAGCAUUUUCUCUAAGGCUUCAAAUGGCCUCUUUUACAGACAGUCCUCAACUCAACUCCAAGCAUCAAAUGUGACAAUCACUACGCAGGCUGAUGGAACACUGGUACCAGGAAAAAACUUCACUCUGACCUUCACAGUGGCAACCAAUGGCUCUGAAGGAGUCUUUAAUAUCAGAGUCAGUAAUGAUCGCAGUUUCGUAAUGACCAAUGUUCCCUCAUCUCUGACUCUUGCGCGUGGAGGCAGCGCAAAUGGCACAGUAACUCUGGCUGCUCCUAGAAACACCCCCUCAGGAAGUGACGUCACUUUGACUAUCGAAGCUGAAGCCCCUGGGGGAGCUGAUUCCAACUAUGCAGUGUUGCGGCUUUCUGUUGUUGCUCCGGUAACAGACAUUACCCCUCCAGUGUGUAAGGUAGUUAGCGUCAAUGCUAACUGCUUGGGCAACUGUAUGCUCUCCUCUUGGGACCUCUCUGCUAACGUGACUGAUGGAAAUGGAUCAGGCAUCCAUAGUGUGACCAUACGGCAAGGAAACGGCACCCUCAGCACCAGCACUGUGCUGGACAAAGGUGUGAACGUCACUUGGGCGUUCUACAGCGCAUCUUGCUGUUUCCCACAGGUGGAACUGGUGGUGGUGGAUGCAGCGGGAAAUGUUGGCACCUGCUUCAGAUCGUUGAAUGCUACAGUUCCACAAAGCACAAAUGCUACAUCUACCAUCACCACCACCACCACCACCAUCGCCACCACCAAUACCACCACCACCAUUGCCACCACCAAUACUAACGGUGCAGAAUGCUGUCUGUUUCUGCCUGUUUUCUUUUGGCUAACUGUAGGAACCACCUUGUUUUAUCAGUACAUGCUGCUGUAAGUAAAGCCUGGAUUCCAGUGAGAGUACAAAUGCUACAUCUACCACCACCACCACCACCAUCGCCACCACCAAUACCACCACCACCAUCACUACCACCAGUACUAACGGUGCAGAAUGCUGUCUGUUUCUGCCUGUUUUCUUUUGGCUAACUGUAGGAACCACCUUGUUUUAUCAGUACAUGCAGCUGUAAGUAAAGCCUGGAUUCCAGUGAGAGUUCAUACCAUUAUCACAGGCUUAUGUAUGCAAUAAUAAUGCUUUUAUGCGGAGUGAGUAAUGGAAAUAUUUAAGGGUCAAUUAUAAAUAUAAAUGGAAUACAGAUUAAUUUUCACACUUACCGUAUAACUUCCUCAAGGUACUGGAUACUCAUAUGUUAAAAUUAUACUACUAUUAUAACCAAAAUGUAACUGCAAACUCUUUUUAUUUCAACUGAAUCAGACUUACAAGGGAAUGUAUGGUAAAAGGGAUCAUUAUCCUUUCUCUAAUCUUUAAGCAAAUUAUUGAUAUUAUUACAUGUUAUUUAACAAAUCAAUAUAUAACUGGAAGUGGUGACGUAUUGCAUAAUAUAAUCUUUGUUUCUAAUCCUUCUGUUUUGUAAUACAUAUACUGUAUAUGUUCAUUGCCCUCUUUGAGCUGAUUCUUCUGUUUUAGUAUACGGCACAUAAUAAAUAUCCAGGCAUAUAUUUAUAGAAAGUCUACAUAAUUUGUCUACAUUGUCCACAUUAUGGCUUAUAUGUGUGUGUCAAUUGGACAUGAUUAAAAAAAUACCUUUCUGUA